CCCUGCAGCUGGUGGUAGGCGGGAAGUGCCAGCAGCAGGUCGGCGAUUUGGGACGAUAGGCCCGGGCUGGCGGGCGCCUGGCCCAGAGCCCGAAGCUGCAUCUCGAUAGUAGCAUCCAGGCGCUGGGCGGCUAGUCCGACGGAUCGUGCCAGGAGUAGCGGCUCGGGUGUCUCCUGAAGGCCGUUUCGCAGGACCGCGCCUCCGGAAGAGUGCCCCAACAGGUCGCUGCACAGCUGAGGCAAGUGGCUGGGGGAUGGAGCGCCGGGACUCAGGAUCCUCAGGAGGCGCACGGUCGCCUGUAGGUGGCGGGCGCAGUCCUGUGCGUGGAGGAGCUCCUGCCGCUCGUGGUGCAGCCGAAGCAACACCGCCCGGAGACGCUGCAGCGCUGGAGGGGUCGGGCCGCCAGCUGCCGGCUCCCGCCCCCAGUCCACAGCGCCAGCCUCACGGUGCUCUCCUGCGUCCGCCGGCACCGCACACCACGGCUGCCCUCUCGGAGCUCCGCCGGGCCGUGGGUCCAGGCAGGGGAUGCUUCGGGCAACCGGCAGCCGCAGCCAGCCACGAACGUCCCGGCGGAGAGCGCCUGCCCGCUUUCUCUGCCACUGCUCCUCCUCAGCGCCCCCGGCCUGCGCCCGUAACGGCGGCACGGUAGCCAGCGGAGGCAGAAGGCCACCAGAGCGAGACGCUUGGGCCAUGGGACAGCUUGUCCGGAACGAAGCUAACGAUUCCCACCUCCCCGUACUGCCCAACGCCUGCCGUAGCCGGGGCUCCGCCCCAUCCCCGGAGCCGUCGUCUCCGGCCCGGGAGCCGCCGGGACCGUCAUGCACUCUCUCGCGCUCCGUAAGCGGAGGCUUCUGCCCCCAACAAAGAUGGCUGCCUACUCUGUCCUACUCUGCCCUUCGGCCGGUGUCGAAUGCCACUUUCACUUUCGGGUCACUGUUGACGGCGAUGGCACCGAUUCCGAAGAUUGUGGGGCUGGUCAAGCUAGACUCCCUCCGGACCAUUUCUGUUAUGAGGGGGAAACUACUGGACAGAAUGACAAGGCCAAGGAGGCUGAGAGACUGGGCACCUCCUGUGGUCUCCAAAAGUCCUUCCUAUACCCUCCACGAGGGUCUAAGCCCUGCCCUCAAAGCCCUUCUGCCUCAGCAUCCUGCCUCAGUGACUCAGACAACCUGCUUCAGGUGGCCAUGCCCCAGAGGCUCCUGCUGACUGAAGAGGAAGCCAACCGCCUGGCUGAGGAGCUGGUGUCCGAGCAGGAGCGCAUGAAACGGAAAGCAGAGAAGAAACGACUCAAAAAGAAGGGAGCUGGAGGGCAGAAGGAGCAGGUACCAAGAGCACCAGAUGGGGAUGAGAGCCCCCCGUCCAGCUCUGGGAACCCAGCUCAGGGACAGUGUUGCGAGGAAGGGGACUCACUGGAUCUAUCUAGUACCUUUGUGUCUCUGGCUUUGUGCAAGGUUGUGGAUUGGCCCCCCAGUGCCUGCAGAGAAAAGGGACUGAGUCAGGAGCCCCAAGGCAGGAGCUUGGGUCCCCAAGAGAAGAUGAGUUAGGAGGAAGGAAGCACUCCAAAAGAAGAGAGCUCCAGGCAGAGUCAUAAGGCAUCUCUAGAACUGCUGGCAGCUGCCUUACAACAGAGCCAGGAGUGAGCAGAGUUUGGUACCAGCUUUGCCCAAAAUGGUUUCCACUACAAGGCCGUGGUCCUCUUCACCCAGGCCUCGAAGCUCAACCCCUGGGACCACCGGUUAUUUGGAAAUCACUCAUUCUGCCAUGAACGGCCGGGUCAGCCGGUGUGGGCCCUGGCUGAUGCCCAGGUAGCCCUUACUUUGUAGCCUGGCUGGCCCUGGGGCCUCUUUCACCUGGGCAAAGGCUUGAUGGGACUGCAGCGUUUCGAAGAGGCAGCUGCUGUGUUCCAGGAGACUCUGAGAGGCGGAUCCUAGCCUGACGCAGUCUGGGAGCUCCACUCCUGCCUUCUACAACUCGCUCUGCAGGACCAGCGAGGAGGAAGCCCUGGGCCGCCUUUGUCAACUGGAUUCCCCUAUGCAUUUCCCCAUGUUGAGCUGGGGCCUUCAGGUCUCCUUUCCCUCAGUUGCCCUGGAAGCACUGCUCCGAGGGCCCCUGGCCUUCUGUCUCCACCCUUGCAUUAUCCCCCACAUCACCUGAGCCCCUCCAGCUGGUCCCUCCCCCAUACUCAGAGCAGAAGACCCUGUCCUCUCCAUUUCCAGGACUCCUCAAAGGGCUGGGGCAUCCUGGGACUUGGGCCCCAGCACCUACCUCACACCAGAUGAAGGAGGACCUGUCCCUAAUAAGGCAAGGCCAUGUGUGCAUCCCACAGGGAUGAAGGACACUGUGUGGUAGCAGUUCACUGCACAUUUUGAGACCUGUACUCUAAUACCACGGUUGGGAACAUCCCUGGCAGUCAUGCCUCUUGCCACAGAGACCUUAUGAUGAGAGAAAGGAGCCCUACAUCCACUGAAAUAGGCUUUCUUUGGUUCUUAAGCAGAUGGCUUCUUCUGGGAGCAGUAAGGAAAAAUAAAAUCUCCCAAGGCUCAAGAAGGGAUCUGUACAAAAGUUCAGGUUUUCAGACUAUAACAGACCUGGCAGUGGGGGCAUUUGAGGCUUGCCCUGCUUCUUGGCCCUGGGGGACUCACUCACCGGCCAGAUCUCUGCUCAGGAUGGGGUCACAGUAAUGAAUAAGGCCCAAGUCUUGCCCUUCAGAUUGACAGAUGCUCACUUCUUCCUAAUCCCAGUUCUUGCCCGGUUUUCUCAAGCCUGAGCUCCUCAUGCCCUGUUUCCUGUCCACACUUCCAUGCAUAUUCUGACCUCUCCUUUGCCCAGUGGUCUGAUGCUCACCUCCUCCCACUGCUAGAAGAUUCACCAAGGGUUUGUAUUUACCAGCUUACCAGCUUCUGCCUGGAGCUGGCAGAGCCCAUACAUCUCCACGUACCUGUACUGCUGGCUCCCCCACUGGUGGGGCCUUAGCAGGAACCCAGGCUUCUGCUACUUUGGUCAUGGUCUUUCUCCACUCCAGCACUGGGCAUUGUAACCAGCCUUUGCCCCAUGUGAAUUUACAUACUUUUUUCCACCCAGGGUCACUGCCCCUAAAGAAGGCUAAAAUCCUCUACUUUCUGUAUAAGAAUCAUGACCUCCUUCUGGUUUCUCCUCUAAGAUCCUAGCAGCUGCUCCUGGCUGGUUCCUCCCUAGCUCUGCCUGGGACUCUCAGCUCAUUUAAAUAUGGAUCUGCAGGGGACUUUUAGGCCUCCAGAAUGCCUUUCCUAGAGGAACCAUUUAUCAGGAUGAAUGACUCUUGCUGCCCUAUGGGUCUUAUUCAACACCAUUUGCACCUAGAGAUAGGAGAUGCUGAAGCACCUCUUUAUUUAAGGCUGUCCCAAAUUCUUUUAUUGUUUAUGGUUUCAGGACGCUUAAAUACUGUAUGACAGAUUGAAGUCUGCCAUUACCAGUUGGGUCACCUUCGGCAGAUUUCUUAACACCUGUGCUUCAGUUUCCUCAUCUGUAAAAUGUGGGCAAUCCCUACCUCACAGGUCUGUUGUGAGGGCUGAAAGAGAAAGUGUGAGAACCUACCUACCGAAAGCCUGGUACAUAAUGGGUGUUAAAUAAACUGAUUUUU